ACUCCCGGCGGCAACAGAGAGGAUGUUGGGGGAAUGGCUCGAGGAUGAGGCAGACUUCAUAUAUGACAAGGGCAGGAAGGAUCAUGCAGACAGGGACAAGGUGUUCCGGGCCUUCUCAGAUAAAGCGAAGUCCCUUGACACUCCCAUCACUGGCCCCCAGCUAAAGCAGUGGUUCGACUCUAUUCGUAGCCGUUUUGGGCGCCUGUCCAACCUGGAGCAGAAGAGUGGGCAGGGCGCCGCCAAGGAGCUGACGGAGAGGGAGAGGUGGAUUGUGGCUAAUUUCCAGUUCCUGCGGCCACAUAUCAUUCGGCAGCGGCGUACCACUACCAUUGGCCUUUCUCAGUCCACUCCUGCGGUGCCUUCGAGCACCCCUGCGAGGUCCACUGAGGUGUCUGUGGCUGGGUCUUCAAGCACUUCUAACCCCACCCCGGGAGCCCCUCCUGACGAAGUGGUACCCGCGUUAGACCGCCCACGUCCCACUGCAGCGAGGGCGAAACAGGAGAGUAGGGACAGCAUCCUGGAACAGGUAGGAAAAAGGUUAAUGAUACAAAUUUUAUUCCCUUGGCAUAACUGA